CAGAAGGAAUUGUUAUUAAACGCCAGCCCUCCGGCAGGCAGGCCAUGUGUGCACAGCAGAGCCCGCAGCGCUUGGCUGCCAGAUAAAGACGUUAUUGUUGUCAUCGUGCCUCCGUCCCAGCCCUCCGCCUCCCGCGCUCCCACCCACCCUCAGCCAGCGGAUCCCAGGAACAAAACCCCCGCGCUCGGCCGAGGCUCACUCGUGGUGGUGCCGAGAGGAGGAGGAGGAGGAGGAGGAGGGAGGCAGCCAGAGAGAAACUUGUCUUGAGGAUUAAUAAGAGGCAGGAGGAGGGAGAGGUGCACACAGGGAAACAUCUGGACCAUGAAGGUGGCCUUCAGAUUGCUUCUCCCACUUGUUCUUGUGCUGAUCUCGGAGGUGAGCGGACAGCGGAGGAAGCCUCCCCGGAAACCCACCCGCCCACCUCCUGAGUUUGUUGAGCCCGUCGAGCCCACAGAGCUGCCUCCACCCCUGCCACCGGGUCCCCCCUCUAUCUUCCCUGACUGUCCCCGAGAAUGCUACUGUCCCCCGGACUUCCCCUCCGCCCUCUACUGUGACAGCCGCAACCUGCGGAAGGUCCCCAUCAUCCCAUCCCGCAUCCACUACCUCUACCUCCAGAACAACUUCAUCGACGACCUCCCGGAGGAGUCCUUCAGGAAUGCCACAGGACUGAAAUGGGUCAACCUAGACAACAAUCGCAUCCGGAAGGUGGACAGGCGGGUACUGGAGAAGCUGGAAAACCUCAUCUUCCUCUACAUGGAGAAGAACCAGCUCAAGGAGGUGCCUGCCUUCCUGCCACCCAACCUGGAGCAGCUGCGUCUGAGCAGGAACCAGAUCUCCAAGAUCCCUGCUGGUGUCUUCAACAAGCUGGAGAACCUGGUACUCUUGGACCUGCACCACAACAAGCUAAGUGAUGGGGUCUUCAACAAAAACACCUUCAAGGGACUCAAGAACCUCAUGCAACUCAACCUCGCCCACAACAUCCUGAGGAAAAUGCCUCCUGGGGUGCCCAGUGCCAUUCACCAGCUCUUCCUGGACAGGAACAACAUUGAAGACAUCCCCAGUGACUACUUCAAGGAGUUCCCCAACCUGGCAUUCAUCCGGCUCAACUACAACCAGAUCUCUGACAAGGGGCUGCCCAAGAACUCCUUCAACCUCACCAACUUGCUGGUGUUGCACCUGGCCCACAACAAGCUCACCAACGUCCCUUUCAUCAGCCCCAAGCUGGAGCACCUCUACCUGAAUAACAACUCCAUUGAAAAAAUCAACGGGACACAGAUCUGCCCCACCUCGCUGAUGUCCAUCCAGGACUUCUCCCCCUCUGACCUGGACAGCGUGCCCCGGCUCCGGUACCUGCGGCUGGACGGGAACCUCCUGAAGCCCCCCAUCCCCUUGGACCUGAUGAUGUGUUUCCGCCUCCUGCAGUCCGUGGUUUUCUAACCCUGCCCUGCAGCUCACCUCUCCCAGGACAUGGCUUUGCACAGAGACUUAACCCCCGUCGGUGUUUGACACAUGGGACCCUCUUUGCCUCUCUCUCCCCCUGCUCACACCCUGCCUCCAUCUCUCCCGCCUUUCCGCCUUUCCUCCCCCGCAGCGGCCACGGCCACACGUGGCAUGUGCAUCCUCUGUGUGCAGGGCAGCACCGGGUCACAGCAGCCAGCCCGGGUCACAGCAUCAGCCCGGGGUGGCUGCCACGCUUGCCCCAGACCCCGCCUGCGGGCCCUGCCUUCUCUGCCCUCGCCCCAGGCCAGCCCUGGAGCUGGCUCUGCCCCUCCCCUUCCACCCAGCAGAGCUUCAGGAGGCUGGAUUCGGUUCUGGCCAAAACCAUCUCCGAAUGGAGCUGAGGAGGGAGCCCAGGGGCCACUUCGCUGCAGGGCCUGGGUCGUAUCAUCGCUCCGGGUGGCUGCACCCGGAGAGCCCGUGAUGUCCCUGGGGAGAAAUCCUCAGGACAGGGGCGGAGCAGGGCUGCCCUGGGCUGGUGUGCCCAGGGUGCCGAUGGCCCCCCCGCAGCCUGGGGGCGCGGGGUGACGCCAGCCUGGCGUGCGGGUGGCCGGGGGAGCGGGACCCGUGCAGGCGGAGGGUGGCGGGGUCUGGCGCUGGCCGGCAGGACCGGCAACGACACCUCGUGGCCGGAGCCACGUCCCAGGGUCCCGGGCGAGGGACACGCUCCUCUCACCUGGGCCCUCCUGGGGGGCUUCGGCCUCGGCUCCGCAUUGCUCUCCAGGCCAAGGGGCUUAUUCCCUCAUGGUGGUGUGAAUCUGGCAGGAGGGAGUAGGGAGGGAGGCCGGCCCCUGCGGUCGGAGCUGGGCUCCCCUGUCCCCAUGUGGGUUGCGCUUUUCCCGCAGCAACACACCACGCACCCACCUUCACAACAGCAGCCCCCUCGCCGGCUUUCAUCCACCGCUCGCAGGCUCCGCGGCGCCGUCCCGGCACCCGCCCGGUGCUGCGGCGGGGCAGGGCUCAGCGCGCCGGCCGCGCUCCGCCGCUUCCAGCCAAAGCCUGCCCUCGCCGACGCGGGCAGCACCCGCAGCCCGCGGGAGCCCGACGCCAGCAGCCUGCCCCGGGCACGGCACCCCGCGGCGCAGGGCAGAGCCAGCUGCUUGGCAGCGAUGCCAGCAGGACGCUUGCCCUUGUGUUUAGGUACCUGGGGCCAGAUGCUGACUUGGGUGUAAUCGUGGGAUCUGCCGGGGGCUGGGUUGAUCCGGGAGAGCUCUGCUCUGCUCUCAUGGUCCCUCUGCCCUCCUGCCUCAACUCCCACCUCCUGGAAGUUUUACUCUCAGUUGCUAUCUUGAACCAAACACACGUGACUGAUUUUGCCUCUUUUUUUCUUUUUUUUUUUUUUUUUUUUUUUUAGAACAAAGGAAAGAAAAUGAAAAGGGAAGACUUACUCUUUUGGAUAAAGCUAUUUUUUAUUCCCCCUUCUCCCUGUUCUCACAUGUAUUGCUUCCCUCUUUGAUAGCUGUACCUGCAUAUAUAGGGUGUCUGGGUUUAGGGGGUGUUGUUGGUUUUGUGGGUUUUUUUUCCUGAUUCUCAGGAUUUGGAUUUAAACCAAGCAUUAGAGGGGGGAAAAAAUCCCGUUGAAAAAAGCAUUAAAGCAAUAAACCAAAGAAUCCAGCCAUUACCUCCUUUGUGUUCGCCCACCAAAACUAACCCUUCUCCAAGAUGGGCGUGGAUGGGCACGAUGUCCCGCUCCCCGGGAUGGGACAGGGGUGGUCCCCCCAGCCUGGGAACACCCCAUGACCCUGCCAGCUGGGUGCUCCCCUCUUCCCAGCGCUGGACGGUUCAUUAACCCCCCCGUGCUAAUUCAGGCUUGUGUUUUCAUGAUAAAACUCUUGUCUACAAAUCUUCCUCCAGUGGGCUUUAAUGGGUUUGACAGGUUUCAGCCUUAAACCCGGAGACCCUAUGUAUAUAUUUAUAUAUAAUGUGUAUAUAUACUGGUAGACUGUACAGAUAUAUCUAGAGACAUAUGUAGUUCUCAACUGAUUUCAACUUAAUGGUAUUUUCACUCCUACUCUCUGCAGCAGUGAAAAUAAAGUGAUUCACAAGGGACCCGGA